CAUUAUUAACAAUUGAUAAUGGUGUAUUUGAAGUUGUUGCAACAAAUGGUGAUACACAUUUAGGUGGUGAAGAUUUUGAUCAACGUGUUAUGGAACAUUUUAUUAAACUAUUUAAAAAGAAAACUGGUAAAGAUGUUCGAAAAGAUAAUCGUGCUGUACAAAAACUUCGACGUGAAGUUGAAAAAGCUAAGCGAACAUUAUCAUCACAACAUCAAACUAAAAUUGAAAUUGAAUCAUUUUUUGAUAAUGAAGAUUUUAGUGAAACAUUAACACGUGCUAAAUUUGAAGAACUAAAUAUGGAUUUAUUUCGAUCAACAAUGAAACCAGUACAAAAAGUAUUAGAAGAUUCUGACUUGAAAAAAUCGGAUAUUGCUGAAGUUGUACUUGUUGGUGGUUCUACACGUAUUCCAAAAGUUCAACAAUUAGUAAAAGAAUUCUUUGAUGGUAAAGAACCAUCACGUGGUAUCAAUCCAGAUGAAGCUGUUGCUUAUGGUGCUGCUGUUCAAGCAGGUGUUUUAUCAGGCGAACAAGAUACUGGUGAUAUUGUUUUACUUGAUGUUAAUCCAUUGACAUUAGGUAUCGAAACAGUUGGAGGUGUCAUGACAAAGGUGAUUCCACGUAAUACAGUUAUUCCAACUAAGAAAAGUCAAAUCUUUUCAACAGCUGCUGAUAAUCAACCAACAGUCACCAUUCAAGUUUUUGAAGGUGAACGACCAAUGACAAAAGAUAAUCAUGUUUUGGGUAAAUUUGAUUUAACUGGUAUUCCACCUGCACCACGUGGUGUUCCACAAAUUGAAGUUACUUUUGAAAUUGAUGUCAAUGGUAUUCUUAAAGUAACUGCUGAAGAUAAAGGAACUGGAAAUAAGAAUAAUAUUGUUAUUAAUUCAAAUACAAAUCGAUUAUCACCAGAAGAAAUUGAUCGUAUGAUUAAAGACUCAGAAAAAUUUGCAGAUGAAGAUAAAAAAGUAAAAGAACGUGUUGAUGCUAAAAAUGAACUUGAAUCAUAUGCUUAUUCAUUGAAAACUCAACUAAAUGACAAAGAAAAACUUGGUGGAAAACUUUCAGAUUCUGAUAAAACAUCCAUUGAAUCAGCAGUUGAAGAACAAAUCAAAUGGCUUGAAUCAAAUCCAAUGGCUGAAGCUGAUGAAUUGAAAGAGCAUAAGAAACAACUCGAAGAAGUUGUCACACCAAUCAUGACUAAAUUAUAUGGACAAGGUGGUGGUGCUGGUGGUGCUGGUGAUGUUCCACCACAUUCUUCACAUGGACAUGAUGAGGAUAGUUUAUAA